AUGAUAUUUGACGGCCCUGAUGGAGGACAACUGAUGUCCAUCGAUGUCAGGGACCAUUGGAGGAGGGUCAGUGUCGGCACUAGCGGAUUUAUUAUGUUUGAUAGGGAACCUUCAAGUUACCCUUUUGGUGAAAGCAAUGUGUCUUUUGUAUGUGACUACUGGUUAUCUUCUGAAUGGGAGAAUAAAAAUGUGAGCCUGGAAAUUCAACUCCGGAGAAAAGCAAAUGACAACUGGACCUCUGUUGUCGAGUUAAAUCGUUCAAGUGUUUUCAGGAAAAGCGAAAAUACGUUUUUUAACUUUACUAUUUUAUCAGUUAGGGAAAGACAAAUUGAAUAUGAUCAGCAAGUGACACUUAAAGGAUUAAUACAGUCAAAACAAUGCAUGGUUGAUCCAAAGAUAUCUCCAGACCUUCGCUGUGUCCUUAGUGAUGAGAAUAGAAUAAUCCACAAUUACGAGAGGAUGGGAAUAUUAUCGAUUGAAGGGCGAACCCCUGGAAAUAUGACAGACAUCUCCAUCGUCCCUCAGGAAUUAUUCCAGGAUAAAGAUGAAAUUUACUUUGAAGAGGAUGAUGUUUUACAGUUACAAUGUAUUGCUGAAGUAGAAAACAUUAAUGGCCUCCCCAGUAAGGAUAUUCGAUGGUGCAAAAACGAAUCGGGAAAAUUCCAAAAGCUGUCACUCCAACAUCCUCCUCUGACAAGCAUAGUGUCGAGAAGCAAGGAUGGGUGCAGUGUUGUUCAGAAAUCGGUCAUAUUUUAUCACAUCUUACAAAAUGACACCGAUGUAGAUCUAAUGUGUGAGUCUGGGUACAGUGGUACGUGUGGUAAAAGUGGGAUCAACCUGACGAUAAGCAUACCAACGGCUAAUACCAAUAAAGAUAAAUGGAGAGUUUCGCCAAUUGUCAUUCACGAUAGAGAAUCUGUCCUUAACAAAAAUCUUAUCAAAUUAAACGGAGCUGGAAAAACCAUCUAUCUUCUCUGUACAGCCUCAACCCUUUUCCAGCAAGAAUCAUUGCAGAACAAAAUGAAUUGGUGUUUUAAAAGACAAGUCAAUGAGACAUGGACAAAAAUUAGUCCACAAGAAAAGAAAGUAGAAGUGGUAUCGAAUUCCAGCGGAGAAACAACAAUUUUCAGUAGAAUAAAGUACCACGUCACAGUAUUAGACAGGGACAUAUUCUUUCUGUGUGAAAUAUAUCGCUACUCAAGGUGUGGAUCGGGUCUGGCACAUGCCACAACAAACAUUUCAAUAGGUGGGGAGACAUUGACGAAUGAAAUCAAAGAAGGUUUUAAAGAUGUUCAACUACAAAAACGUUUGGAACCUGACUGUAGCACAGCUGGAGUAGCUGUGGUGUCUGUUAUAUUGGUUUCCAUCGUCGUUAUUGCAUUUCUUUUUCUGGUAGUGUUGUUCAGAAGAAAAGAGAUAAAGUUUCGGGGAUUUGUGCUAAGAAUUAACCGUGAAGAGAAAGUUUCGAUCGACGCAGCGGCAAAAACUAAAGCAAUACCUACACAACAAGUUAAUAAAAAUCCAGAUAACAGGUACGUCGAAAAAUCAUUCCGAAGUUGUUCUCCUAAAAGAAAAGAAAAACGACCGCCUUCAAAACAAGCUAGUACCGAAAAAGAAAUCAAAUCUGUGGAAAAAAUAAACAAACCUUGUGAGACACAAGAAUUAAAUGUUGCAGCCGACAGACAAGAUUUGUAUGAAAAUCAAGAAUUUCAACAGGAGAAAGACAUGGACACGUGUACAUACGAAGAAGUUGCAACGGAGCAUAACCAAUCAGAAUAUGAGUCUUUGAGAUUAUAAAGAAGAAAACCAAGCUGAAAAUACCUGAUUAAUAACUGUUUUGUUUGCAAAGCCAACCUAUCCAAUCCGGUUUAAUAUACGAUCUUAAGAUUAAAUUUAAACAUAGAUCAUAAUAAAGCAUGGAACGUACUGCUAUACAAAUAAAGCAAUCAUUAGACAUUGUAAGAUACAAAAAGUCAACAUUUUUAAACAGUUUCUUUAAGUCUUAAAGUGUUUUGUUUGUGUUUAAAUUGUUAUUUGUACAUCAUGUCAUGUACAACAGUGUCUAUUACUGCAAAAUGCUAUAAUACAAGUAGUGUUGUUUCUUUACUUUUACCAUUUGGACAUUGAAAUAUUAUCUUAGAAUAACACAAUUGAAAACCCCGUUAGUUUAUAUUUUUCAUAUUUUAUGUUUUCAAUUUGUUAUCAUUAUCAUUUGAUAUUAUUAUCUGUAUAUAUAUAUAUAUAUAUAUGUAUAUUUCAUCUGUACAACCAAAGAUUCACUUUAAAAAAAAUGUAUUUAAAGCUGACAUAAAUUCAUAAAAGCAUUUGGUCGCCAUAUUAGUUUCGAUCGCUCCUCUACUGUCACUGGGGUAUAUAUACCGGUUGAGAAAGUUACGGUUGGUUGCCUUCUGAUCGAGGCAUUCAGGUUGCACGGACUUUAAAUGCACGAUUUACACAAUGUAGUAAAAUGUAAUAAAUAUUUAAGGAAAAAACAAUCAAUAAAAUACAAAUAUAUUUAUUCUUUGAAAGAAUUUCCAAGGUAUCCGUAAUAUUUUGCACAUAUAGUGCUGCCUUACUUCGCAUGCACAUCGAACACGCGUGUCGUUCAUACAGAAUGCAUAACGUUGGCAUCAUUUUUAAAACCCCGGCGGCAGUACAUCCAACACAAUAGCUAAACGAUAGUCAAUCCAAGAAGGUAACAACGUAACAUCGUUUCCAUCCGUUUCUACAAAAACGAUCCGUUUCUAAAAUCCAUGCGAUCAUUGACAUUGCUCGAUCUGCCACAGUGUGUAGUUUGCGCAUGUGCGAUGUUAUAAUAUACACAGGAAAACGGUCUACAAUUAUCGAGGAUUUUUGAAGUAUCUGUGGCUGGAUUUCAGUCUGUUUUGUUUCGUCAUUCAUUGGAUAUGCCUUGCAAGUGAAGUGGUUGUCAUAUUAUUUUUGUUCCCAACGUGUUUAUACACGUCUUUUCGUCCAAGGUAACGUGUUCGGGUGAAUGAAAUACCUGAAUGCGGUGAAGCAUGAAUAGUGCUCUCGGCCUUUUAUAGGGGGUGUGUAGCGAUGAGCAGAACAAUAGAAAUCGACAACUAAUAUGGCGGUAGUCGGAGGUAAAAGGGAAAUAAUGCGUAUUUAUGAGUUCCUGUCAGCUUUAAUGUAAAAUUAUUAUGAUAUCAAAUUUUAAUUGUUAUUAAUUUUUAUAUCAGUGUAUUCUGUUAUUUUUAUUUGCAUUAAUAUAUUAGACUUAACCAUUGCUUAACUAAAAAAGAGACGCAAAAUUGCCGGUUAUAUAAAAAUUGAAAUUAAAAUAAAAUUUCUUAAUCAUGUUAUAUUUUAAGAUGAUUAUGUCAAGUUGUGAUUUUUUUUAUCCAGUUCGAAAUAUGUGGUUGUGGCAGGUGAGUGUAAUACUACCUACAAUAAAAUCUUUCUGUCUCUUUAUUUUAUGGAUUCACGAUCCCUAGAAUGUUAGGGUACGAUUCAGAAAGGCAGUGUCACUAUAAAACUUUCCUACUGCAUCACAACCACAUUUUAUUAUACGUUUGUAAUUUUAACUGACAAAGAUUAAAUAUCGCAUCCAAGACUAAAAGUGAUACCUCAAUAAGGUACAACAUCUCUCUCUCUCUCUCUCUCUCUCUCUCUCUCUCUCUCUCUCUCUCUCUCUCUCUGUUGUGUAUGGUAUUUAUAUCGACUUAUAUCAAAACUGCAUUUUGAGACAAAAAAGUCGUUAUAAUUGUAGAUUUUUUGUAAAAAACGGGUUAAGCGUGAUGCAACUUCUUUAUUAUUACAUUAUGUUUUAUUUCAUGCAAAGAUUCUUUAUAUUUUCUAACCAAUCACUGAUUAGAUUUCAUGUUAAUAAUUCAUAAGAAAUAGUGCCAAAAGGUUUAUUAUGUAUAAUUUAAAACCGACAGUUUAAAAAUUAGUCCUUAUAAAUUCCAACUAUAGAACAAAUUUACUUCAGCCUGGAUAUGCGUACAUAACGAAUAAUCGUAGAAUAGCUAUAUCUAAAUAAGGCAAUUAAUGUUAAACCCGAAAUAUUAGUGUUAUUCAUUCUUAAAUACAUGCUAUCGUUUAUUUGCAUGUUGAAUUUUUACAAUGACUCUUGCUUACACCCUUCAAGUGGAUGGACUUUUAAUGCAUCACUUUUGUUUUCACUGUAUUUUGUCUUUUGUGUGCGUGUAGUUUUUAGCAUGUGUACAAAAUUUCUUUCAAUUACAUGUACAUUAUAAAAGUACCAAAAAUAUGCCUCGGACAUCCCCUGGCAAACUCAAAAAACCGCCAG